AUGGUCGCAAAUUACAACAUUAUAUUCCCGCCUAAAAAGUUGUCGCAAUUUCGUCGCAAAUAUGUUCGACUGCAAGACCUUCAAAGACUUCACAAGAAACAUGGGCAUCUGGCACAAGUCCUCCUCGAUAGCCCAUCCUCAAACCAAUGGCCAGACAAAGGUCACAACCGAGCUAUCCUUCAGGGACUGAAAAAACGACUAGAUGGAGCAAAGAAGAAUGGGGCGGCCAAGCUCAAUAGCAUCCUGUGGGCAUUCAGGACUACCUCCCGGACACCAACGAAGAAAACACCAUUCGCACUAGCAUUUGGCAUCGAGGCUGUGGUCCCCAUCGAGCUGCAAAUCCCUACUCACCGUUUCCAGUUCAAUAACGAAGACUCCAACAGUGACAAGUUGAAGAGUAAUUUGGAUGCCCUAGAGGAAAUCAGAGAAGAGGGCCAAGUCCGCGCAACUGCUUAUCAACAAAAAGCGGCUCGCUACUAUAAUCAGAAGGUCAGGGAAAGAAGUCUGAAGGUGGGAGAUCUAGCAUUGAGAAAAUUGGAAGCCACUAGAAAAAGAGCAGUAGUGCAAAAAUUAGCUCUGACCUGGGAGGGCCCCUUCAGAAUAACCAAAGUUGUCAAGCCUGGUGUAUAUCGGAUUGAAGACCUACAAGGAAAUCUGGAACCCCAUGCUUGUAAUAUCCAGUAUCUGAAAGGGUACUUUCCUUAA